AUGAAGGGGGUGGCUCAACUGAUCAUUUUGAGUACUCUUUGUGUUUUCUCCGCCGAAGGUGUGGGAUUUACAUCUCAACCUCCAAAUCCACUCUAUGCCCUGGAGGGAGACGACAGUUCUCUUGAAUGGAAUUACACAUUUGGAAAUGAAUCCUUUCGUCAGGCGACAUUUGGAAAGGCCAAAAUACCCAGAAUGGUAGAUUUUCUCUUUUUCGACAGCACACCCUGGAUAGAACCCUCAAACAAGGGUCGUUUAGAGGUAAAAAUAACAAAUAACUUCACAGUGAUUACUCUCCUCGGAGUGAGAAGAACAGACAGUGGGAUUUACCACCUUACAGUAACCGCCAACCCAAGCCGACGAAGUCAAACAAGUAAAGUGGAAAUAUCAGUGCAUUAUUUAGAUAAGCCAAAUGUUAACAUGGAGACCAUCCCACCCCUAGAAGGAACUGCGGUGACUUUUAUUUGUAAUGCUGAUGGUAAACCAGAACCUAACGUAUCUUGGACCAGAAAUGGGUUUCCUUUAAAUACAAGUGAAAACGCUGAUAUGUCUAUUUCGGAUGAUCAAAAGACGCUGACCAUAAUAAAUGUGCGGAGAACUGACAGCGGAGAGUACCGAUGUAUGGCAAACAACAGUGUCGGAAACUCUACUUCUGAUGCUUCCGAGUUGGACGUUCAAUAUAUACCUGAGAUAAGUCGUUCUCAGAGUGUCAGGGCAGAAGAAGGGAAGAACGCGACUCUUUCUUGUAACGCCAUCGGAAAUCCAGUCCCAAAGAUAUCAUGGACCAAGGAUGGGUCAGUUAUUACAAGAAGUUCCAGGAUCAAUUUGUCAGCAGAAAAGUCGCACUUAACAGUAACAAAUGUGAGUAGAGAGGACGGCGGGGAAUACCUAUGUGUGGCCAAAAACAGCCUUGGGAAUGAUACUUCAAGCGGCAUUAAACUGGAUGUGCAAUAUCAACCGGAGUUUACUGCUUAUCCUCUGAAUGUGACAAUAGCAGAGGGAAAUAAGUUGAAUUUAUCUUGUAACGCUGUUGCAAAUCCAGCUCCGGCAUUAUCCUGGACCAAAGAUGGAUCUCAAAUAAGUAACACAUCAAGGAUUAGUUUUUCAUCAGACUUCAAGUCAUUGACAAUAAAUCAAGUAAGCAGAACAGACAGUGGAGUAUACAGAUGCGUGGCGGCCAAUAACUUGGGAAAAAUUAACUCCGCGAUCGCAAAAGUGGACGUACAGUAUAUACCUGAGAUAAGUCGUUCUCAGAUUGUCAAGGCAGAAGAAGGGAAGAACGCGACUCUUUCUUGUAACGCCAUCGGAAAUCCAGUCCCAACGAUAUCAUGGACCAAAGAUGGGUCAGUUAUUACAAGAAGUUCCGGGAUCAAUUUGUCAGCAGGCAAGAGGCACUUAACAGUAACAAAUGUGAGUAGAGUGGACGGCGGUGAAUACCUAUGUGUGGCCAAAAACAGCCUUGGGAAUGAUACUUCAAGCGGCAUUAAACUGGAUGUGCAAUAUCAACCGGAGUUUACUACUCAUCCUCUGAGUGCGACGAUAGCAGAAGGAAAUAAGUUGAAUAUAUCUUGUAAUGCUGUCGCAAAUCCAGCUCCGACAAUAUUCUGGAUCAAAGAUGGAUCUCAAAUGAGCAACACAUCAAGGAUCAGUUUUUCAUCAGACUUCAAGUCAUUGACAAUAAAUCAAGUAAGCAGAACAGACAGUGGAGUAUACCGAUGCGUAGCGGUCAAUAACUUGGGAAAAAUUAACUCCGUGAUCGCAAAAGUGGACGUACAGUAUAUACCUGAGAUAAGUCGUUCUCAGAGUGUCAUGGCAGAAGAAGGGAAGAACGCGACUCUAUCUUGUAACGCCACCGGAAAUCCCGUCCCAACGAUAUUAUGGACCAAAGAUGGGUCAGUUAUUACAAGAAGUUUCAGGAUCAAUUUGUCAGCAGAAAAGAGGCACCUAACAGUAACAAAUGUGAGUAGAGUGGACGGCGGUGAAUACCUAUGUGUGGCCAAAAACAGCCUUGGGAAUGAUACUUCAAGCGGCAUUAAACUGGACGUGCAAUGUAAGUAG